UUUCAAUAGCAUAAGUUUCUUCUAUAACCUUUAUAUAUUUAAUAUAAAAAUCCUAUUUAUUAAUUAUUAGUGUUAAAUAAAUUUUUUUUAGAGCUUAACUCAAAUGAUAUUUACAUCAGUUUAACAGCUAGAAAAUGAAUAAAAUAAAGUUGAAAAUAGAAAUUAUAUUACUAUUCAGCUAGUGGAGAUUUUUAUCUAAAAUGAUGAGACAGAUAGAAUUCUUUAAUUGGUUAGUCAAAAUGAAUAAUAAUUACACAAGCUAUCAUUGACUCUUUCGUAUUCAAGGAUAAAUGAUGAAGGUGCUAUUAAACUAUGUUGCAAUAUUGAGAAAUUUAUUAGUAUUAAGUAGCUUUAUUUAUCAUUGAGAGGAAACAGAAGCACAUUUUUAGGUUUAAAACAAAUUAUAGCUAAAAUUAGUAGUUUGAAAUAUUUAGAAUCCUUAAAUAUAGAUUAUUAUGACAAUAAUUUAUAGGAAGAAGAUUCUGAAUAGAUUUUUGAUGAUUUGAUCAGAUGUUAAAAUCUUUAGUCAGUACGCUUAAAUCUUGACCAUAAUAAAAUAUCAACAAAGGGAGCUUUAAACAUUCUAUAAAGCUUAGGAAAGCUCAAUUAACUUUAGAAAUUGUAACUAAGCAUGAACUAAAACCUAAUUGGAUAAGAUUAAAAAGUUGAUGAAAAAAUAGAUUAGAUAAAAUAAAUUUUCAAUGAUUAAUAGCAAUUUAAAAACUUAAAAUAUUUGAAACUCUCCUUGAAAUAAAACUAUAUAGAUAAUAAUUUAUUUUAAGUUAUACAAAAUUUUUUCAAUGGUUCAAAAGAUUUAUUGUCUCUUUCUCUAUCUGCUAAAAGUAAUAGUUUUUGCUAAAUUUCUUUAAGAUCUCUUUUGCUGUUCACUAACAAAUUUAAUCUCCUUUAAGACCUCUCUUUAGGUUUAAGCUAGGUAUAAUUAAGAGUACAUGAUUUGGUAGAUUAAACAGAAAGCUAAGAUCUUAAAAUAAUUACCUUUGGGGAUAGUUUGUAAAGAGUUAAAUUAAGAUUUAUCGAAAGUGAAGUUGAUAGCUAUUAAGAUAUAAUUAAGAUUCUGAGUUUUAGUAAAGAUAUUUACUUCUUAAAGAUAUCCAAUUAGAACUCUAAAAUUGAUGAUGCAUAAUUUGAAAAUUUAUUGAAAAAUAUUCACUUAUUACAAAAUUUAUAACAUUUAGAAGUCAUAUUAAAGUAUAAUGAUAUUAGAACUUAUAGAAAUUAAUUUAACUCUCUUAAAUAGUGUAAAAGUUUACAAAGUCUAAAUUUAGAUUUUCACCUAAACAAAGAAAUAGAUUCCACUAUAUUCAUAAAUUUAAUUAAGGUUCUCUAAGAAUGCCCUUCUUUUAAUUCUUUGAACUUAAAUUUAUUAUGUUGUGAAAAUUUAGGAGAAGAUGAAGAAGUCUCAUUUAUGCUUAAAGAACUAUAUAGAAUUAACCAACUUAAAAAGCUUAAUUUUUAAGCAAAAUUUUGUAAUCUGAGGCUAACAACUAAUUUAGAGCUAGUAAAAUUAAUAUCUAAUUGUGCUUGCUUAGAAUUUUUAAAUUUAGAGCUUAAUGAAGAGCAUGGAGUUUUAGAUUUAUUUUUGAAUUAAAUCAGCAUGGAUCUAUAAAAUCUUAGUUAAUUAAGAGUUUUAUAAAUGUCUGUAUUAGCUAGCAACAUUAGCUACGAUUCAAUCAAAUAGUUUUGCUUGAAUUUAAAAACUAAAAAAUAUCUUAACGCAGUUUAAUUAUAUUUCUUUAAGUUUGAAAAUAUUAAUAAAAUUUAAUAAUUAGAAAGAAUACUUAAAAAAAGAAGAAAUAUGAUUCUUGUUUAAAUAUUCUGAUUAAUACAUAUAUUGUAGUUAAAAUAUAUUAAUUAUUUUAAUUUUUUAUUUUCAAAAAAUUAAAAAAAAUCGUGAAUAGAAUUUCUAUAAUAAAUUCCCAAAGUUCUUCUUUAGUCAUGAUUUGUGAAUAAUUUUAUUUGCUGAACCUCAGAAUAUCUCCAAAAUAAUUCUCUAUAUGGCUAAGAUUGGCC